AUGCCAAUUGAACCAAUUCGUUACGUUACAAAGGUUGAUUUAUCAAAGCCUGGGGAUGCUCAACCCCAAGUCCACAAUAGAUGGCAUCCUGAUGUUCCUUUCACUGAAACUAUUAAAGUAGGUGAAACAGUCAAAAUUGAAUGUUUAGAUUGGACUGGAAAUCAAAUUGUCAAUACUGACGAUGCAAAUGAUAUUAAAGAUGUCGAUUUGACCAGAAUUCAUUAUCUUUCUGGUCCAUUCAAUAUUGAAGGUGCAAAGCCCGGUGAUUGUCUUGUUGUUGAAAUUAAAGACGUACAACCAUUAGAGAGACAACCUUGGGGCUAUUGUGGUAUAUUUCAUAAACUGAAUGGUGGUGGAUUUUUAGAUGGAUUUUAUCCAGAAGCAGCAAAAGCAAUCUUUGAUCUUGAAGGAAUUCAUGCAACCUCAAGACAUCUUCCUAAUGUCAAAUUUACUGGUUUGAUCCAUCCAGGAAUCAUGGGUACUGCACCAUCAGCUGGAAUUUUAAAAGAAUGGAAUUCUCGUGAAGGAAGUUUAAAGGCUAGUAUUCAACAUAAUCAUGAUACCUCCGUCGCUAAUCUUCCUGAACCAAUUAAUUCACAUGCAGGUAAGGCUUCAGAUAAAGCGAUAAUUGAAAAGAUUGCAAAAGAAGGGGCAAGAACUAUUCCAGGCAGACCUGAACAUGGUGGAAAUUGUGAUAUCAAGAAUUUAUCUAGAGGUUCCAAGUGUUAUUUUCCGGUUUAUGUUGAAGGAGCCAAAUUUUCAGUUGGUGAUUUACAUUUUUCACAAGGUGAUGGUGAAAUCUCCUUUUGCGGAGCUAUAGAAAUGGCUGGUGUCAUAACCUUAAAAUUUUCUAUUAUACCAAAUGGUAUUGAAAAAUUGGCUUUGAAAUCUCCAAUAUUCAUCCCUGGAGAUGUACCAAAUAAUUAUGGUCCUUCUCGUUAUAUUACCUUUGAAGGAUUCUCUGUAACUGAAACAGGAGAACAACAAUAUUUAGAUGCAACUACUGCGUAUAGACAAGCUUGUAUUAGAGCAAUUGAGUACCUUAGACGUUUCGGUUAUAAUGAUUAUCAGAUUUACCUAUUAUUGUCCAGUGCUCCAAUUGAAGGACAUAUCGCAGGUAUCGUUGAUGUACCAAACGCCUGUACUACAUUGGGAAUCCCUAUGGAUAUUUUUGAUUUUGAUAUCAGCCCUGAAGCUGAAAUAGUUAGGCAAGAUUUAGGUACUUGUGCUUUUGUUAAGAAUGCCGAUCAUCCUGUAAUCUACAAGUUUAAAUAA